AUGGCUUCGAACAACACUACCACUCCCGCCCGCGACGCCCGCAAGCACACUCUUAGCGAGACGCGCGACAACGACGAAAAGGGAGGCGUAUCUCCUCCACGCAAGAUCUCCAAGGUUGAGCAGGGGGAAAAAAUCGACUCCGUCGAUAUGCCGGUGACGGCGGACAAGCCCGUCAUGGGAUCUCCUACCGUCUCCGAAGGGUUCGCUUCUGCGUUCUAUCAUGCCGGCACUGUCGAGCAUCCGGACCAGAAAGGCGAGAGCUUGCUGGCUGGUAUGCACCAGCUACCGAAGAGCCUGGACGAGCAGGAUGUCACCAUCGGUGGCGUCGACGAGACCAGCGCUAUCAAUGUAGCUGUCGAACUGCCGGACCAGAAGGGUGAUGCCUUACUGGCCGGUGUGCACCAGCUGCAAUCAAUGGGUGUGGGAAAGCUUGGCACAGGUGCUCCUACCCUCGCCGCAGCGAUCGCUCACGCGGUCGAUACAGCUGUCCAGCAACCGAGUAAGCAAGUGGCUCGUUCCUCGCUUGCCGAAGGACUUCAACAGCUGGAUGUUGAUCCAAUGAGCCAGCAAGAGGCAGGAAGUUCCUCGCUGGCCAUGCAUCAACUACAAGACCAGCCACUAGACGGCACAUCACAGCUGAUGGAUGGCAUCGAGCAAGAAUCUCAGCAGGGGUGUGCCGCCUGCGUUAACUACGGGCUCUCCGGAGAUCACGACCAUCAAGGUAGGCCGUGCAGCAAACGGUUCCGCAAAGCUAAACGCCUAGGGUAUUAUAUGCAGUGGGAUGGCGCCCCGUGUGCGAAAUGCCUACCAUUAGGCCUCCAAAACCCUUGGCACCCUUCUUCAUGCUGCAACGCCGAUCUCCGAGACAAGAUAGUCCAGUCGCUAGCGAAGAAGAAGGCUGACAGCGACGAUCACUGGUUCAGAAACGAACUCCCGCGCCGACAGCUAGAGCGUAUGGACCUGCGCACCCUGAUGGUCAAGGCGAAACCCUUUAUGGAAUUAGAAGACAAGUCCCUUAUCCAGAAGUAUGUCGAUAAUGUUCUAGAACCAUACGUCCUACUUCUGGUGGAGAAAGAGGAGAAGGCAUGCGCGCUAGUCUUCUGUAUUCUCUUGUAUUUCUGGAUUCUCCAAGACAUGGCUUUACUGCUAAUGGCGUUCGACGCAUUUACCUAA